AGCAACAUCUUAAAAUUUGCUACAAAUAAAGGUUCUUUCCACGUUUGCAUCUAUCCAAAAGUGCUUUAAAUAGGCAUCAAAAUCAUCAAAUUGCAUAUACAGUUCCUCCCUUGUUCUCACUCCUUCACCACUACCCUCUCACUCUUUGGUACCCUUGUGCGUGUUUGUUUCCUAAUUGCUCUCAACCAUGUUGGAUUCUGUGUUGGAGUUCAUCACUCAAGCUGCUUCCAGCUCAGCAUUCAUUUUCUGCUUCUGCAAUUUGAUCAUAGUCAUCAUCCUAGUGGACUUGAAGCCUAGCCUCAGCAUUCAUCAAGAAAGUGAAAUCCCUCUUUCAAAGGGUGCAAAUCAGAAACAAGGAUCAAACUCCAAGCCCCUAGUGGAGAAAGACACAACAUCAUUGCCACAAGAAGUAGAAGUGUCACAUGAUCAGGAAGCCGAAGCAGAUGAAAGCAUUGAAAUUGAAGGGAAUGAUGAUUGCAGCAAUGAAGAAGAGGAAAAAGUGGAAGGUGGUGAUAAAGUCAACAACAACUAUGACGAUGACGACGACAAUAACGAUAAUGAUGAUGAACUGAAGAGAAGAGUGGAAGAAUUUAUAGAGAAAGUUAACAAAGGGUGGAAGGAAGAAUUGUUGAGCACAUCAAGCAUGGUAUAGGACUCACGUAAUAAGGAAAGUUAGGCCUUAACUUUGGGUUAUUAAACAUGUGAGAGCUUGUGUUAAAUUUUGUUGUGUUAUGCCAUUGAAGAAAAUAACUUAGAAAUAGUUGUUUAUAUGUGCAUACAUAAUUUCUCUGGUUCGGACCAGAAAUCAAUCCCUCAUGUCAACCAAAGUACUUUUGGUAAAUGUUAAACCAGAAAAUGAAAGUUGAGUGAGUGAGUGAGUUGCCAUGGAAGAAAGAAGAUAAAAAUUUUCCAUGAAGAACUUUAUUCUUGCACAUGUCACAAGGAUAAGGGGAAAAAGUGAUGUGCAUAAAGAGCAUGCUUGGAAGAAGCAUAUGAAGGGAUUCCUUUCUUUUUUUCUUUUUUAUUUCUUUUCUUGUAAAAAGAAACAUUUUGUGGGAAUUUCUUUAUUGCUACAUAUUCCUUUUCUUUUUCCUGAUAUUGGAUGCACCAGCCACGAAGGGACCUCUAAUUUCUUUCUGGUAAUUUGGAUGAAACAUAGCAAAAAGGUUGUGGCAAAAUUGUUGAUAGGCAAAUUUCAUGGCUUCGGGGUACUAUAAAUGUAUCUUUGUGUUAUAAAGUCUACCAAUAAUUGAUUUUUUUU